GCGAUCGACCCAGAGCGCCAGUCAGAGUUCGCGAAGCAGGUGAGGGGCCGGUACCGCGCCAGCGCUUUCGCGGACUGGGCUGGCGGCCGCCGCGUCUCCGUGGCACCGGCGACCGCGGGCUUCGAAGAGGUGGGCAAGCACGCCGACGACUUGGCGGAGCAGCAGGAGCGAGGAGAGCUCAAGGAGGAGUCCGAUGACGUGCGCACGCUGAGGAUAGUGACCGAUGAGAGCAGGGGGCGACGCAAGCCAUGGCGAUCGUUCGCCAGGGAGAUGCGCUUCGAUUCCUACAACGAGUGGCCCUCCGAGGAGCAGCAGUCGCAGACCUUCCGCGUCGUCAGGAAGUUCGACCAA